UGCUCCGACUCCGAGUCCUCUAUGCCGAACGGUCCAAUAGUCCAUUAUCACAAGUCAACACUUAAAAAACGUAUAACAAUCCUCUGCUCUGCAAGUGAUGGCCCGCAGACUCUGUUCCCGCCUUUCCCUUCUUCCAUCUCUUUGCAAAGUCUCAAAACCCCAUUUUCAACCUUCAUCUUCUCCAAGAUUAAAGACUAUCUAUGAUUCAGCUGGAAGUGGUUCAACAUAUCACAUUAAUUUUGGGUUUUGCCCAAAUUUUCAAGGUUGCUAUUAUGAACAACUCAACUAAUUCUUUGAUUCUAAUCCAGAAAAGUAUAUAUUGCCAGUCCUGGUCAGGAUCGCGAUCAUAUGCUCGCGGGCGCAAACAUUAUGCUCUUUUUGGCAAUGGAAAACCAGGCGAUGAGGAAUUCAGAAAAUCUUGGAAGAAAGAGAUGGAAGAAGAUACUAGCCUAUGGACAGGAAGUGAAGAUGAAAACGAUGAUGAAAAAGAUCCCAAAAGUCGUCUUGAAGACGAAAUUCGGAGAGUGAGACAACAGGCAAAAGAACACUCUGACCUAAUUGAUGCUGAUGACAGUGAUGAAUUAAGAAGUGUGUGGUCUGGAAGUGAUGAGGAGAAGACACUUUGGACUGGUAGUGAGGGCGAUGAUGAUAAUGAUAUUCCCACAGAAGCCCACCCAAAUGAAAGUAGUGACAAGUAUAUAGAUAAAUUGUUUGAGUUUGAAGAAAUGCCUAAAUAUCGAACACUUUCCGAAGUAUUGAAAGCUGAAGAUGGACUGGAAGAGUUGUCUCCAGGAAAGCAAGCUAGGAAAAUUGCAGUUGAGAAUGCCUUGAAAAAAUUGAAGAAAGGGCCAGAUGGGCGUUACACCAAUGUGUGGGAGGUCAUGAGUGAUUUAGACAUUCUUAUUGGAGCAUUUGAAAAUAUUGUUUCGGGACCAGAGUAUGCGGAACUUAGACAGGGAGGGCCGAAGAAAUUGAAUAUGCAGUUUUUCAAGGACAUUCAAGCACGAAUGAGGGAUCCAAAUUAUAAGUUCUCGCCCGAGUUAAAGCUGAAGCCAAAGAAUAAAUUAGUUUCAAGAAAGAAGUGGCAGAAGACACAAUCUAGACGGAGGAAAGCACAGAAGCGUUAAGCUGUAAUUGUUUCCUUUCUGUAAGUACGUGUGUUGCACUGUUGCAUGCUCUUAGAAUUGUGUUUCUAACGUUUAAAUCAAUACUCAUUGAAUUACUAUAGUUCAGAAGAUUGGCCUUCAAAAGGAUAAUUGUUCACUCCAUGCGUUAAUGGCUAAA